GUCUUCUCCUAUAGAACAUGAUGCCAGUUUUGUAAACAAUGUAUAUGGGUUGUCACCAAUGUGACUGACAGCUGAUGAUGGUUGCAGGUUCAAAUACUGUAGUUGGACUCAAACACACAGCCUGGUUUGUUCUUCAUUGUGCAUUUGAAGGCUCAUAUAUAGCAGCGAACUUUCCUCCGUUGCAUCAUCAUCCAGCUUUUGUCUUAAUGUGCCGAGCUGUUGUGAUGUUGCUCUGAGUUAGGACGGCGGGGGAGACUCAAAUCGACAUCUGCUCCCACACCUGUGUCCCCACCCAUCACUGAAAUGCUGAGUGUUCAAAGUUUACUGGUCAAAUAUUGCUUUUGCAUAAUUUAGUAUGUUUGCAUUUGUGCACAGGAGGAGUUGAAUCACAUCAAUGUAUCCAGCAGAGUGGAUGCCAUAACGGUCAUUUAGUCGUGGCGAGCUAUUUGCUUUUGAGGCUGUGGCACAGGACAACAAAUGGGAAAAGGGGGAAACACUAGGGGAUAAUUAGCCUUUUAUCAAGCUCCUUUUAACACUUUUAACGUGGCACUUUGACAGAGGGAGAGAGAGAUACACUGUGAUAAUGAGGAUGAAUUAUGUAGAAAUAAUGGUGAAUGAUCAACAUCCUUGAUGCACAGCAGAAUUCACUGUAGGGUACACAUUACCCUCAUCCUCAUCAGGGUGCACUUGCUCGCCCUCCUGCUUUCUCACUUGGAAAUACUGUGAUGCAGCACGCGCUCGUUCAUUCAUCCACCAGCUCACUCAGCAGAGAGAGGGGACACUAACAGCCACCGUUCAACCACAUUGAUGUCAUUUCUUAAACAGCCACUUCAAGGAGCACGCGGUGAGUUGAAAGGAAUGUCAAACGGAAUGGAGAAAUCCACAUUUUGCGUUUAACCUCUGGAUAUAGCUCUGCACGCGCGCGCACGGACACGCGCCCCGGGAAGGACAGACAGGUGGAGAAGAAAAUAGCAAAAAGAAGGCAGUGAUGCAACAUUACGGAUGCAAACUGUUGUGAAACACACUAACAAACAACCCCCUCUUUGUAUUUGCGCCGAAUUCGCUGCUGCAACUUGUCACCGCAGAGCGCACGGAUCUGGCGCGGAUGCUGCUGGAUGAUCUUCACCCGAAACAAAGUUGCGGACGGCGGACUUGAAGUUGGAGCAGCGCCUUAAAGAAAGCUCUCGAUGAUGGAUUUAGUCGUAUCGCGAAACAUGAGAUCUUUUUUCAGUGGCAGGUCUCGCAACAUCGGAAGAGUUUAGUUGUUCUCGCACCGCUUGGUCCCCAUCGCAGAAUUGGUCUGGAGAGGAUGAGGAGUCUCUGGGUGCAGCAUGAGCUGUCAGAGGAUCAGUCAUAAGCGGCUGUCUCUGCUAUGGGAGGGGGCCGCUCUCUGCCUGUGGCUGUGCUGCUGCUGCUGCUGGAUCUCUGGACCCGCAGCCGCAGCCCCGGGCUCCCUGGACUGGCUGCUGUCGGAUAAAGGGCCAUUCCACCAAUCUCAGGAGUUCACGGAGGCUGCGGAGAGAUACCAGCAUGGAUUCAGCACCAGAUACAAGAUCUACAGGGAGUUUGGUCGAUGGAAGGUCAACAGCCUGGCAGUGGAGAAGCGGAACAGUUUUGGUGGCAGCAGUGGUUUGGCUCUGCUCCUCGACCCUGACUUCAUGCACACCAUCCGGCAGCUGGGGCGGCGGCCAACCCUCCAGGCGAUUACGGAGAGUCUAAUCAAGAAAUAUGGCACCCACCUCCUCCUUUCUGCCACUCUGGGAGGGGAGGAGUCCUUGACCAUAUUUGUGGACAAGAAGCAGCUCAGUCAGGAGUCUUUGUCCUCGGGGGCCGAGGGCAACCAGAGCAGCAACAGGAACUCGAACACGACAGGAACAGUGACGCUGGAAGCCCUUCACCAACUGGCUGCUUCCUACUUCACUGACAGAGAGAGCACUCUGCGCAAGCUGCACCACCUACAGAUCGCAUCCACCGCCGUACGGGUGACAGAAACCAGAACUGGGCCUCUCGGAUGCAGCAACUAUGACAAUCUGGACACAGUCAGCUCUGUACUGGUUCACAGUCCAGAAAAUAAAGUUAAUUUACAAGGACUGCAGGUCAUCCUACCCAAGUAUUUACAAAGCCACUUCAUUCAGGCAGCUCUCAGCUACAUUGGCUGUAAAUCUGAAGGACAAUUUGUUUGCCAGAACAGCGACUGCUGGUGUGAGUGCAGCGUGGACUUCCCUCAGUGCAACUGUCCUCACUCUGACCUGGACACGCUGCAGAAAACCCUGCUGCACAUCAGAGACUCCUGGAUGCUAAGCAACCAGGAGUUUGAGGAAUCUGAUGAAUUCCAACGCUUUGUUGGGAAACUGCCAACCCAGUACGGUCUAAACACAUCUGCCGUGGAACACUUGUGGAGGACAGAUGCCAGGCUGCUCCAGCGCUACAGGCAGCUGGAGACUCGGAGCAACCAGCUUUUCACCAAAGCUCGCCGCACCAAUAACAAGCUCUUCAGCCUCAGCAAGAGGUGCCGGAAACAGCCCAGAAUAGUCCUGCAGAGGCCAAGAUCUCUGCACUUCUGGUUGAACUACGCCCUCUCAAUUUUAUACUGCAGUGAGAACAACCAGGUUGGCAUUUACAGUGACGAAAGCUAUAGCUGCUCCUGCCUCUACAACCACCCUCCAUGCCAGGGCAUCAUUCCCUGCUUUGUGGGCGAAGGUGUCCGCUGUGCCUCCUGUUCCACAGAGAACCGGACACGAUGCUCCAGCUGUAACCCCGGCUUCACCCUGACCCAGGGAGUCUGCCGGCCCGCAGUGCCCGACCCCACAGACCCUUACCUGGGCUUAGAGAGUGACAGAGAUCUGCAGGAUCUCGAGCUGCGCUACCUGCUUCAGCAGCAAGACCCACGCCUUUCUUUGCAUGCUGUAUUUGUGAGCAAUGACGUGCGCAUCAACACAUGGUUUGACCCGUCCUGGAGAAAAAGAAUGUUGCUCACCCUCAAGAGCAACCGGGUAAAGUCCAAUCGUGUUCAUAUUCUUCUUGGAAUCUCUCUCCAGUUUUGCCUCACUCGGAACAGCACUCUGGAGCCAGCGCUGUCUCUGUUUGUCAACCCCUUCGGGGGGAGCCAUUCGGAGAGCUGGACCAUGCCUAUCGGCCAACACGGAUACCCAGACUGGGAGCGGACCAAGCUGGAUAUCCCUUUGGACUGCUUUAAUUGGACGUUAACUCUUGGAAACAGAUGGAAGAGCUUUUUUGAGACUGUUCAUUUCUACCUGAGGAGUCGUUUGAGAGACUCUGUUGGGGUGACGGGAGGGACCAAAAACACAACGGUGUACUAUGAGCCCCUGGAAGAGACGGAGCCAUCCAGCAACGUCGGCUACAUGAAAAUUAACAGCAUGCAGCUGUUUGGAUACAGUGUGCACUUUGACCCGGAGGCAAUCCAGGACCUGAUUCUGCAGAUCGACUACCCGUACACUCAGGGAUCACAGGACUCGGCCCUGCUGCAGCUGGUGGAGCUGCGCCACAGGGUGAACCGCCUCUCGCCUCCGGGGGGUUCACACAUGGACCUGUUCGCCUGUCUGCUCCGUCAUAGACUCAAACUGUCCACGGCCGAUGUGACCAGGAUACUCACUGCCCUGCAAGCUUUCAGUGUCAGACAACCAAACUACGUGGAGUACGAGGCAAAUAAACUGUGUAGCUAAUGGCCACUGUUUGAUGUUUUCUACUAAUUUCCUUGCCACAGAUAAACCUGUAUCCUCUGUCAGUGGGAUCCAUUUGUGUCAAGUGUGUAGAAUGAUAUUGAAAGCUAUGCUGUACAUACUGUACACUAUGUGCAAUUAAAUUUGAUGUUUUCAUAA